AUGGAAGCUCAUCAUCAAGAUGAUUAUAAUUCAAUCAUGGAGGAUUCAAGAAACAUGGUCAUCAAAGGAAAACGAACCAAACGCCCAAGACCCUCAUCUCCUCUUGCUCUCACCAUGGCCUCCACCUCAUCAACCACCACCACCGCCACCACCGGAGCCACCAGUGAUGAUCAUCAAGAUGGUGAUCAUACAGAUAUCAAUAACCCUAAUGAUCACUUCUUCCAUAUACCCACCAACAACUCCAUUGAAUUCACCAGAAUCCUCCAAGAACACGAUGAUGAAGAUAUGGCCAACUGCUUGAUUCUUCUUGCCCAAGGCCAAGCCAAUAACUCCCCAUCGUCGCCGCCACCAAACAAGGCGACGGAGGUAGCGGGGGCGUGGGCAGAGGUUCAGGUUGCAAGAACUUCUGGUUUUUAUGUUUAUGAAUGUAAAACAUGUAAUCGAGGGUUUUCUUCGUUUCAAGCCCUUGGUGGACAUCGAGCCAGCCACAAGAAACCCCCUAAACCUACCGUUGAAGAUAAAAUUAGGCCAAACAUUGUGAAACAAGAUGUGGGUGUUCAUCAUACGACACUAUCUCUUCAGAUUGGUUCGGACCACCAGACCUAUUGUCAGGCACUUGGUGGUCAUAUGAGGCGACAUAGGUCCAUGCCCAUGGCUACAACCACUUGUAGCAAUUCUUCGAGUGGGUCUCAUCAAGAAUCCAAGAAACCAAAAACCCUACUGUCGUUGGACCUAAAUCUUCCGGCUCCGGUAGAAGACGAUCAUCGGGAAACAAAAUUCCCAUUUCGACCCAAAGAUCAAAUGAUCGUGUUCUCGAAUUCUUCUCUAGUUCAUUGCCAUUUCUAGACUCGAACAACUUACAUAUUAUUCAAAUUUUUUUCAUUCAAUUCGGUUUACAGAUAAUUCGUUCUGAUGUAAAAACUGAUUCUUUAGAAUUCAUUUAGUUUGUUCA